UGCUUCUUAAAUGUAGCUGAUAUUACAACAGAGGCAUUUAGAAAGAAAAACAGAGGAACAGAGUUUUGGCUUGAGGUUAGUCAUUGGUUUUGUUAGACUGCAAAGGCUUUCCGCUCUACUGUCGUCAUCAAGUCAUCAGAGAACAGGAAAACAGUUUAAGAGUGAUCUCUCUGCUGCGGUUCCCGCAGAGGUGCUGAUGAUAUGCAAGCUAAGGAGACUUAAUUCACCCUACAGCAACUCUGAAAAAGCUUUGGGUUCCAGUAACUGUUCAUCUCUCAAAAAAGGAAGAGGAAUACAUGUUGUUGAACUGCUUAUAGUUGUGAAAAUGUCAUCCAGUUAUAAUAACACUCACUGUGGCCUGUCACCUCAAAGCCUGGUGUCCUCUAUCCUGCCUCCUGUGCUCAUCGUCGAGCUCCUGCUGGGCCUGCCAUGGAACCUGCUAGCAUUCUGUGUCUUCUGCCGCCACCUUCAGUCCUGGACACCUAAUGUUGUGUUUCUCUUGAACUUGGUCUUGGCUGACUUUCUGCUCCUGGUGAGCUUACCUUUCCGAAUUAACUACCUUCAGAAAGGGGAAGACUGGGUGUUUGGUGAUGCUUGGUGUCGGAUUAACCUCUUCAUGCUUGCUGCCAACCGGUCAGCAAGUAUCGGCUUCAUGACUGCUGUGGCUGUGGAUCGAUACUUUAAAGUAGUCCAUCCUCACCAUACAGUGAACUUCAUCAGUUCACAGCAAGCUGCAGGGAUUGCUUGCUUCAUCUGGGCUGUGGUGUUUUCACUGCGGCUCCCUCUUCUGCUGACUGACGACCUCCUGAUGAAGCAUGACAAUCGCUCGUACUGUCGGAGCUUCAACCCCUAUAAGGAUCCAAAACCGGGGAUCAUGCUCCACUAUACAGUGUACUUAGCCGAGUUCUUUCUCUCUCUGAUGGUCCUGCUUUUCUGCUCCUUCAGAAUCUGCUGUAUCUUACAUCGCCGUCAUAUAGACAAAAAGAAAAAUGUGCGUCAGGCUGUAAGGAUUGUUUCGGUAAUCAAUGUGGUCUUUAUCAUAUGCUUCUGCCCUGGUGUUGCUACUGGGCUGACUGCACUCUAUAUGAAGAAACUGGGGGAGGAGCACUGUUAUAUCUUCAAACAAAGUGGUGAGUUGUUUGUAAUGGCCAUUGGGUUCACAUACCUGAAUAGCGUGCUGGACCCGGUAAUCUAUGGAUUCUGCAGCUCUAUGUUCCGGGAUGCUGUGAAGAAAAUGAUCAAUCGGUUUGGAGUGGUGGAACUAAUGCUCAGUCACCGUGGCAACACAGCGAAUGGAGAUAAAGGCUAAAGGCAAGAGGACACUGAUGGGACAAACACAAACAAACAGAAAUGUUUGCUUUGCUUCGUGUUUGGCUGUAGAAAGACUCUAGGAUAUUCUCUGCCCAUUCGCUCAAGUUCAUUUCACUUGUAUUCUUUCCAGAACAUUUUAUGUACAACUGCAAACAUUAGAGUGUUUGUGUUUGUCCUGUCAGUGAACUCUUUAAGAAGGUUUGAUUCUUGAAGAAACAUUAUAUUCAACGAUAUUCCCUGGAUGAUGCAAAAAAUUAUUUAAAUAAAAGCACAUAAUUUCACAGACCUACCCGAAAA